AUGCUUCCUCACUUGCCCCUUUCCUUUCUCUUCCUGACCGCAGGCGCGUCGGGCUUUCCCAUGUAUGACAUGGUGCUUUACCCCCCGAUGUACGUGCGGGAUCCAUUUGGAACGUUCAACGAAACCCAGGACUGGCACAGCUCGACCGUCGUGCCAAUCUUCGAUGCGCAGCCUGUGGUGGCCGAGAUAGAAGCCCUCCGACUCAAAUAUCAGAACGCACUUGAUUUUUUGGCUGGCAAGGACCUCGUGGCGCUACCAGAUGCACUUUCAGAUCCCGGGCUCGAUGUACUGACAGAUGCAGUUUUCGCCGACACGACGAAUACCGCUGGUCAUAGUGCGACGGACCCCCUGACGGACGCGAUACAGGGGAAGAUCGAUAUUUACUACGGUCCACUUGGGUUUGGGAAGAAGUCACAACAACUCUCAGUGACCAUUGAUACGGCCUCCGGAGAUCUCUGGAUCCCUGUUGGCUGCAUAAAUUGCGAUAACCUGCAAUAUAACGCUGCUGCGAGUUCAACAUACAGAAAUACCGGGAAUGCGUUCAAAGUGAAUUACGGGCAGGAUGGCACCGGCUAUGCAGAAGGGACCCUUGCGUAUGAUACGAUCAGUAUGGGUGGUCUGAAGGUCAACAACCAAUAUUUUGGGGCUGUCACAGAUGUGUCGAGUAAUUUCAAUGUCGUUCCGAUAUCUGGGCGUCUCGGACUUAGUUUCAGCUCCAUCGCAAUGUCAGGGAAGCCAACGUUCUUCGAAAACCUGAUCAUGCAGGAAAGGGUCGAAGCACCGUUCUUCUCUUUGCAUCUGACGAGAGGAAGGGCGAGCGGGUCGGAGAUAACUCUGGGUGGCUACGACAUGUCGAAGGCGGCAGGAUCGUUGACAUGGGUUUCAGUAAUUUCCAAAACCUACUGGACAGUGCAUUUCGACGGAGUCGUCGUCGAUGGGAACUACGUCUCCGGUGACAUUGAUGCGGCAAUUGACGCGGCUUCUAGUUUUAUACACGUUCCACAGGCAUUGGCAUCCUCGAUCUACGCCAAUAUACCCGGGGCUGGCCCCGCAGCAAACUACGACUCCAAUUUCUUCUCCUUUCCAUGCGACUCCAAUCUCACAAUUUCAUUAUCGCUUGGUGGGCACGACUUCGGCCUUAGCAUGCGGGACUUUAAUCUCGGACAAGAUGGGGAUGGGUCAAAAUACUGCAUCGGCGGGAUCGUCGGGAUGGACGAUACAUUCACGCAAGGAUUUGCUAUCAUCGGGAAUGAAUUUUUGAAAUCAUGGUACUCGGUGUAUGACUACUCGCACGGGGCGCGGGUGGGUUUCGCGCCGAGCAUCAAUAAUGCGCAGUAA